CUUAGACGUGUUAUUUAGGUGUAUCCAUGAAAUAUUUUCUUAAAAAAAAGUGUGCAAGAAACAUUGUGACUAGUAGCACUAGGGAAACAUAGAAAAGGGUAAUGAUAGAAGUUGUUUGUUGAAGCGGAGAGGUCAAGUAACUGUAAAAUAGCAGCUUCUCAUCUUCCUCUCUCCACUUUUUCUUAUUGUUCUGCUUUCCUCUGUUUCUCUCUGUUCCAUUUUUAAACUGAAAAAACCAAUAUCAAAGAUUUUCCUAAUACUUCUCUUUCACUCAACCUUUUUCAUUCAAUCUUUUAUCAUCUUCACAAGUUUCUUUUCAUAUUCAACUUCUGUUGUGAAUUGCAUAGCAAUCUUUCUUUUUUAGGUCUCUUCAAAUAAUGGUUUUUCUCUUUUCCUUUGAUUUAUCCUAUCCCUUGGGAUUCUUUGAUUCUUACACUUCCUAAAUAUUUCCUUUUUCUCUUUUCCUAUUUCAUUUUCCAAUCUUGGAUUCAAUUCCUAUUCUGUCUAAUUUUUCAUUUGAUGGACCACUCUUAAUUUAUCAUCUUGGUUACUUUUUGUAGCAUAUAAUUUAUAUAUUUUCAUUCCAAGAACAAAGAAAGAAAAAUCCAUUAAGCUUUUCUUAAGCUUUAUACAUAAUUUAUCUUUCACCAUGAAGGAAAAAGUGGAUUCACCUAUUACAGUUCUUGAGGACUAUUUCAGAAGUUCAGAUUCAGAAUCAAGUUCUUCCAAAGAACCUACUUUGGAUUCUGAGUCUAAUGAUGACAUUUCAAAACCUGUUUCAAGGUGGCAUUCAUUUCUUCAAUUGUUGAAAAGCAGAUCAAAGAAACAGUUACCUGCAUUGAAUCAUCCUCUUAAUGGACAAUUCUCAAGAAGAAUGAGCAGAAGCAUGAGGGAAACCAUUCUUCCAAGUUGUCUCACUCUUGCAAAUGCAACUUCAACACCUUGUAGAUCACCAUGGAAAAUCUUUUCUCAUCAUGAUAUACAAGUUGCAACCAAUAAUUUUAGCCAAGAAAAUUUGAUUGGAAAAGGUGGUUAUGCUGAAGUGUACAAAGGUUGUUUGCCUAAUCAUCGAUUAGUAGCAAUCAAACGGUUAACAAGAGGAACUCCUGAUGAAAUUAUAGGAGACUUUUUAUCCGAACUUGGUGUAAUGGCGCAUGUAAACCAUCCGAAUACUGCUAAGCUGGUUGGCUAUGGAGUGGAUGGAGGAAUGUAUCUAGUUCUUGAAUUAUCUGAAAAAGGGAGUCUAGCUUCAGUGCUAUAUGGUUCCAAGGAGAAAGUACAAUGGUGUAUUAGGCAGAAAAUUGCAUUAGGAACAGCAAAAGGUAUAUUAUAUCUUCAUGAGGGUUGUCAAAAAAGAUUUAUCCACAGAGAUAUAAAAGCUGCAAAUAUCUUGCUCACAGAGGACUUUGAGCCUCAGAUUUGUGAUUUUGGCCUAGCAAAAUGGUUGCCAGAGAAUUGGACUCACCAUAACGUUUCAAAAUUUGAAGGAACUUUUGGCUACCUUGCUCCAGAAUACUUACUUCAUGGCAUAGUAGAUGAGAAAACAGAUGUAUUUGCAUUUGGUGUAUUGCUAUUAGAAUUGGUCAGUGGGAGAAGAGCACUUGAUUAUUCACAACAAAGCCUUGUUUUGUGGGCAAAACCUUUGUUGAAAAAGAAUGAUAUUAUGGAGCUGGUAGAUCCUUCACUAGCAGGUGAAUUUGACUUUAGGCAGAUGAAUCUUAUGCUCUUGACAGCUUCUUUAUGCAUACAACAGUCCUCCAUUCGCCGUCCCUCUAUGAGACAGGUUGUGCAGCUUCUGAACGGAAACCUUAGUUGCUUCAAGGCCAUGAAGAAAUCUCGAUUGCCAUUCUUCCAAAAAGUAUUUCAGGAAGAGCUCCUUGAUUCUGAUUAGUAAACGGAAUAGAAAUCACAUGAUUAUAAGCAACUGCUCAAAGGAGUUUGUGAUUAAUGAAUGGGUUUCUGCAGCUAGAAAUUGUCUCAUCAAACACAAAAUUUUGCACUUUGAAUGCACAAAAGAAGCAUGAUGUUGUUCAUAGUCCUAUGUACAUAAUACUAGUAGAUUUUAUUUUCCCUUUCUAAGUAAUAGGAUACCAAAUACUUUCGAUAAAAUAUAAGCAACAAUGGAUUAAAAAAUAUUGACGUAUUUGGUCGAUCAAAUACAUCAACUUUCUUUGAUCAUUUUGUUUAUAUUUUGAUGCAGAGAGUAAUUUUGUAAAUACAAAGAAAUAUUGUAAUAUCGAUGAGUCUCAACUCAUUUGGUGCUUCUCUUCGUCUAUAAGAUUAGGAGAUGUUGUAGUGAGUAGUUGAAUCUCUCCAUGUUUCUAUUGUGUCCCUCGGUACAGUAAAAGUCAUUUUAGUAAAAAUAUUGUCACAUUUUAUUUUAUUUUUCA